GACCGAAGCUAACAGGUUACAUGAGUAAGUCAGUCCUGCUGAAGUAACUUUCCUGUAACCAAGAUUUUGUGAAGUUGCAAAGGUGUUUUCAGCGACAUGUCAUUUAUAUUUGACUGGAUCUACAAGGGAUUUAGCGGUGUGCUCCAGUUUUUGGGUCUGUACAAAAAGUCUGGGAAGCUAGUGUUCUUGGGGCUGGACAACGCUGGGAAAACGACACUACUGCACAUGCUGAAGGAUGACCGACUGGGCCAGCAUGUGCCGACGCUACAUCCAACAUCAGAAGAGUUGACGAUCGCAGGGAUGACUUUCACCACGUUUGAUCUUGGCGGUCAUGUGCAAGCUAGGAGAGUGUGGAAGAACUAUCUUCCUGCCGUUAAUGGAGUGGUCUUUCUUGUGGACUGCGCUGAUCACGAACGCCUGGCUGAAUCCAAGGUUGAGCUGGACGCUCUCUUAACAGACGAGACCAUCUCGAACGUGCCCAUCCUGAUCCUGGGUAAUAAGAUCGACCGCCCAGAAGCUGUCAGCGAGGCAGGGCUCCGGGGAGCGUUCGCUCUGGAUGGACAGACCACAGGAAAGGGGACGGUGUCUCUAAAAGAGCUGAAUGUGCGCCCCCUGGAGGUCUUCAUGUGUAGUGUCCUCAAGAAGCAGGGCUACGGAGAGGGCUUCCGGUGGCUCUCCCAAUACAUCGACUGAGAGGGAAACACAGACACUCUCUCACACACACACACAUCUCAUCUUCUUCUUCCUCCCCCUCCAAUGAAACAUUUUCAACACUCCUCUUUUCACUCCCUCUCCAAUGUACCCCAUUGUUUUAUUUUGUCUUUUCGCCCUGUGCACUCUCACCGAGAGGAGAGGGUUGCUCAGGGCUGCGCUUCUCAACAGCAUCGUUGCUAACUAAGUUAGCAACUUACUUGGUUGCAAUGCAAUUUCCCACAGGCAACCUACUAAGUUGCUAACUAAUUAGCAAUGAUGCUUUUGAGGAACGGGGUCCAGAAGAUGUUGGCACUCCGCAUGUUUUGAUGGAUCAUAAUGAUGAUGGGUGUGAAGGAAGGAUUUGAUUUCCGUCCUGAUCUUCUAUCUGCCGUGGUUCACAAGGGUUGCCUGUGCGACCAGAGCACAGUCAUUCCUCUUCAGUGUUAUCUACCAUGUGUGUGUACCCCCCAAAUUUUCUUUUUUAUUAUUUGUUCUUAACCAACCUAAAGUAUUCCUUGUGUGUACCCCUCAACGUUUUUUUUAUUUAUAUAUUUUUUAACUGACCUUACGUAUUCCAAGUGACUGAAAGUUCACCCCCCCCUCCCCCAUCACAUUUUUUUAAAGGUUCGUUUUAUGGUAUGAUCUAAGGAAUGGCAAGCAUGAAGAGCAAAAAGGCAAGGUUGAGUUGUGAGAGAAUGCAAGAUGUGCAGU